AUGUACCCUGUGGUUGUAGCAGCCUCACAACGAGCACUUCUGGCCAUCAGCGCCACAGCAGGAGGCUACGAUGAACAAGGGAAAGAAAUAAAAGGGCAAGAAAUGAGACAGAGGGAGAAAAAUAAAAGCAUUCACUUGGUCUUGACGGAGAUGGGCACUAGAGUAGGUCCGUGGGGGAGAUGCAUGGGAGACGAAUGCGGUCCGGGCGGCAUCCAGACGCGAGCGGUGUGGUGUGCCCACGUGGAGGGCUGGACCACGCUGCCCACCAACUGCAAGCAGCCCGAGAGGCCGGACAACCAGCAGAGCUGCUUUCGGGUCUGCGACUGGCACAAGGAGCUGUACGACUGGCAGAUUGGCAACUGGAACCCGUGUCGGCCCGUCCUCUCCCGCAGCCACGAGAAGCCUUUGGAGUGCCUCAGAGGGGAGGAAGGGAUCCAGACGAGGGACAUCACCUGCAUCCAGAAGUCCAACGGGGUGCCGGCUGAGGAUGUCAUCUGCGAGUACUUUGAGCCCAAGCCUCGGCAGGAGCAGGCCUGCCUCAUCCCGUGCCGGCAGGACUGCAUCGUGGCCGAAUUUUCCCCCUGGUCGGAGUGCUCCAAGACCUGUGGCAACGGGCUUCAGCAUCGAACUCGCCACGUUGUGGCUCCGCCGCAGUUCGGGGGCUCUGCUUGUCCCAACCUCACCGAGUUUCAGAUCUGUCAGUCCAGCCCCUGUGCCACUGAAGAAAGCCUCUACAGCCUCAACGUGGGACCCUGGAGCGCCUGCUCGGUGCCCCAUUCGAGGCAAAUAAGGCAAGCGAGGAAACGGGGGAAGAACAAAGACAAGGAAAAGGACAGAGAGAAGGCGGUUCGGGAUCCCGAGGCUCGGGAGUUAAUUAAGAAGAAGAGGAAUCGAAACAGACAGAAUAGACAGGAGAACAAGUACUGGGACAUACAAAUUGGGUACCAAACCAGGCAGGUCACGUGUACUCACAGAAACGGGAAAACUGCUGCUCUGAGCUUCUGCAAACAAGACAAGUUGCCCAUUACGUUCCAGUCCUGCGUGAUCACGAAGGAGUGCCAGGUGUCAGAGUGGUCCGAAUGGACCCCCUGCUCCAAAACCUGCUUUGACAUGACCACCCCGAAGGGGAAUCGUACGAGAUCACGGACCAUUAAGCAGCUCCCUAUCGGCGGCGAAAGCGAGUGCCCGCAAUUAGAAGAAACAGAGCAGUGCGUUACUCAAGGAGAUGGCGUGGCACCGUGCAUCACGUAUGGCUGGCGGACCACGGAGUGGACAGAAUGUCGUGUUGAUCCUCUCCUCAGCCAACAGGACAAGAGGCGAGGGAAUCAGACCGCGCUGUGCGGCGGCGGCAUCCAAACCCGAGAAAUGUACUGCGUGCAAGCUAACGAAAACCUCCUCUCCUAUUUAAAUACCCUCAAGGAAAAAGAAGAAAGUCAGUCACAGAGCAAGUCGAAGGCUAGUGCUGCACCUCUGCUAUCCAUCACUUUUGAAAUAACAGCCUCGAGGCCAGUGGACCGUAGUCUGUGUACGGGACCUCUUCCCAGCACCUCCCAACUGUGCCAUAUCCCCUGUCCUACAGAGUGUGAGACCUCGGCGUGGUCUGCCUGGGGACCAUGCACCUACGAAAGCUGUGAUGAUCCUCAGGCCAAGAAAGGCUUCAAACUAAGGAAGCGGCGCAUCACCAAUGAGCCUACAGGAGGAACGGGAAACUGCCCUCACCUGCUGGAAGCCAUCCCGUGUGAAGAGCCCUCCUGCUAUGACUGGAGAAUCGUGGGGCUGGAGGAGUGCAUUCCUGACAACGAGAAGCCAUGUGGCCCUGGUACGCAGGUUCCUGUCGUCGUCUGCGUCAACAGCGACGGAGAAGAGGUUGACAGACAGCUGUGCAGAGAUGCUAUCUACCCCAUCCCGGUCGUCUGCGAAGCUCCGUGCCCCAAGGACUGUGUGCUCAGCACGUGGUCUUCAUGGUCCUCCUGCUCCCACACCUGCUCCGGCAAAACCACAGAAGGGAAGCAGAUGCGCGCCCGCUCCAUUCUGGCCUACGCAGGUGAAGGAGGAAUACAGUGCCCAAAUAGUAGUGCCCUGCAGGAAACGCGCAGCUGUAACGAACACUCUUGCACUGUGUAUCAUUGGCAGACUGGCCCCUGGGGACAGUGCAUAGAGGAUACCUCUGUCUCUGCCUUCAACUCCUCGGCCAGCUGGAACGGGGAGGCCACCUGCUCUGUGGGGAUGCAGACAAGAAAGGUCAUCUGUGUGAGAGUCAACGUGGGACAAGUGGGCCCAAAAAAAUGCCCUGAGAGUCUCCGACCAGAAACGGUGAGGCCUUGUCUGCUUCCCUGUAGGAAGGACUGUAUUGUGACUCCAUUCAGUGACUGGACACCAUGUCCAUCUUCGUGCCAAGAAGGAGGUGUCACAGUGAAGAAACAGUCCCGUCAUCGAGUCAUCAUCCAGCUCCCCGCCAACGGGGGCCGGGAAUGCCCGGACUCCUUGUUUGAGGAAAAAGAAUGUGAAGCUUCUCCUGUCUGCUAUAGCUACAGGUGGAAGACCCACAAGUGGCGCAGGUGCCAGCUCGUCCCGUGGUACGUGCGCCAGGACAGCCCCGGAGCACAUGAGACGUGUGGACCUGGGCUACAAGCAAGAGCAAUUACUUGUCGCAGACAAGACGGAGGACAGGCUGACAUCAGCGAGUGCCUUAAAUACUCUGGCCCAUUACCACCCUUAACACAGACGUGCCAGAUUCCCUGCCAAGAAGACUGUCAGUUUACCAACUGGUCAAAGUUUUCUUCCUGUAAUGGGGACUGUGGAGGAGUCAGGACAAGAAAACGGACUCUUGUCGGAAAAAGUAAGAAAAGAGAUAAAUGCAAAAAUUCGCAGUUGUAUCCUCUGAUUGAGAACCAGUUCUGUCCGUGUGACAAGUACAGUGCUCAGCCUGUGGGAAACUGGUCAGACUGUAUUUUACCAGAGGGUAAACUGGAAGUGCUGCUGGGAAUGAAGGUCCAAGGAGACGUUAAGGAAUGUGGACAAGGCUACCGCUACCAGGCCAUGGCGUGCUACGACCAAAACAAUCGACUUGUGGAAACGUCGCGAUGCAACAGUCACGGUUAUAUUGAGGAAGCCUGUAUUAUUCCCUGUCCCUCAGACUGCAAGCUCAGUGAGUGGUCCAACUGGUCUCGUUGUAGUAAAUCCUGUGGCAGUGGGGUAAAAGUUCGCUCUAAAUGGCUCCGUGAAAAACCCUACAAUGGGGGAAGACCUUGUCCAAAGCUAGAUCAUGUCAAUCAGGCUCAGGUUUAUGAGGUAGUUCCCUGCCACAGUGACUGCAGCCAGUACGUGUGGGUCACUGAGCCCUGGAGCGUCUGCAAGGUGACCAACGUGGACUUAAAAGUGAACUGUGGGGAAGGUGUUCAAACGAGGAAAGUCAGGUGUAUGUUGAACACCGUGGAUGGUCCUUCUGACACUGUAGAAGACUAUCUGUGUGAUCCUGAAGAAAUGCCACUUGGUGCUAGAAAAUGCACCUUACCCUGUCCCGAGGACUGUGUGAUGUCUGAGUGGGGAUCGUGGUCACGAUGUUCCUUGCCAUGCAAUGGAAGCAGUGUCCGUGAGAGGUCUGCUGAGUCCCUCAGACAACCUGAUGAUGGAAAGUCCUGUCCUGCUGCCACCGAGACAGAAGCCUGCACCUUGAACAAAAACUGCUACCACUAUGACUACAAUGUGACAGACUGGAGCACGUGUCAGCUCAGCGAGAAGGCUGUGUGUGGUAACGGUAUCAAAACACGGAUGCUCGACUGCGUUCGCAGCGACGGCAAAUCGGUUGACCUGAAGUACUGCGAGGAGCUUGGUUUGGAGAAGACCUGGCAAAUGAAUAUGUCCUGUGUGGUGGAAUGUCCUGUGAACUGUCAGCUCUCGGACUGGUCCCCUUGGUCUGAGUGCUCUCAAACAUGUGGCCUUACAGGAAAAAUGAUCAGAAGAAGGACCAUAAAUCAGCCAUUUCAGGGUGAUGGGAGACCUUGUCCCUCUCAGAUGGAGCAAUUCAAACCCUGUCCAGUAAAACCCUGUUAUCGAUGGCAAUACGGUCAAUGGUCUGCGUGCAAAGUAGAGGAUGCUCAAUGUGGAGAGGGAACACGAGUGAGGAACAUUUCCUGUGUGGUUUUUGAUGGAUCCGCUGAAGAUGUUGGCAAAAUAGUGGAUGAGGAAUUCUGUGGAGAAAUAGAGCCUAUUAUAGAUGGUAAUAAGAAGAUGAUACUUGAGGAAACCUGCACUGUCCCUUGUCCAGGGGACUGUUACUUGAGAGAGUGGUCAGAAUGGAGCCUUUGUCAGUUGACCUGUGUUAAUGGUGAGGAUCUUGGCUUCGGAGGGAUACAAGUCCGAUCUCGGGCAGUGAUCAUUCAGGAAUUAGAGAAUCAACACCUCUGUCCAGAACAGGCUUUGGAAACAAGACCAUGCAAUGAUGGGCAGUGCUAUGAAUACAAGUGGAUGGCUAGUCCCUGGAAAGGAUCUUCUCGAACUGUGUGGUGCCAAAGGUCAGAUGGUUUAAACGUCACAGGGGGCUGUUUAGUGAUGCGCCAGCCAGACGCUGACAGGUCAUGUAACCCACCGUGCAGCCAACCCCACGCUUACUGCAGUGAGACUAGAACGUGCAGUUGUGAAGAUGGAUACACUGAAGUGAUGUCCUCCGAUGGCACACUCCAACAGUGCACACUCAUCCCGGUGGUGGUGAUCCCCACCAUGGAGGACAAAAAGGGAGAUGUGAAAACCAGUCGAGCUGUGAACCCCACCCAGCCCUCCAGUAACCAGUCAGGAGGACGAGGAAGGACUUGGUUUCUACAGCCUUUUGGGCCAGGUGAAGUCAUGCAAUGAGCAGUUCUUAAUGCUAAGUGCUGCUGCAGGGUCUGGCAUUUACAUUUUUUGUGAUGCUGAGGAAGAAAAGAAAAGAAAAACCCUUAACUGUUCAUUUAAGAAGAUGGGCAUCUGCCCUGACUGAAAACAAUGGAAGAGAUAUAAGCAAACCCGUAGACUUCUCAGCUCCUCCAUCAGUACGUUUAAUGGAAGCUUGUAUUGCAGAUUUCCUUUUAAUCCCUUCUACCUAUUAAAAGUCACAGUAGCUAUUUGAAAUGUAACUUUAGAAGGGAGGUAGGUGCAAAAUUGCAAGGCAGGAUAUUAGAUUAUGCUGUCCUGACCAAUAACGCUGUAGACAGAGGAGUGAGAAGGUAGCACUGAAGACUGCAGAGGGCAAGGGCUGCUUAAAAUUUGCAGCCGUAGCAUAAAUGGUAGGAAAAUAAUUAGUAUAGAUAUGCUAAUGCUUUUCUGCCAUAUCCACAUUUAAACUAAUUUAUGUUAGACAAGAGCUAACCAUAUUAUUGAAAUUUAGCUCUAAGUCUCUAUAUUUGCUUUUAUGAUGGACCAGGUUCUUUAGUGCUGAACAAGGAUUUAUGUGCAAGAGUGGCAAAAAAUACAUGGCAAGACAGUUAUCCCAUCAAAAAUACUUCAUGAAGUCCAUCAUGUAGUCAGAUUUCAGUAAAUAUUUCAUGGUACUAUGAAGCAUUGAGAUUAAAUGAAACUUUAAGUAACAAAUUACUUUCACAGAAGGAGAUAACGAUGCUUGUCCAAAAUGAUAGUUAGAUUGAGGGCAAUUGCUUAUCUUCUUAAGUGUCUUUUAAAUCACAUAGAGCUAAAUAUUCUACCACACUUGUGUCUUAAAGUGUUCGGUUUUUUUAAACACUUUUAUGAAUGUUUUUAGUUUGAUAAUUAAAAACAGUAUCUUUACCUCCAUAAUACAUAAACUGCUGAAAACUGAGAACUACAGAAAUACUUUUAAUAAGCAGAUUAAACCAUGUUUGGGUUAGAAAUACUUAUGUUAGAUCCCAUUAGUCCUAUUUACUGUUAUUUGUACUGUAACUCUAUAUUUGAUACCUGCAAUAAAAUGGUCUUUACUCCAAUUAGCUAAUAUUUUAAUCCACAAUAAAAAAAAAAAAAGGAAAAUUAA